AUGGAGAAUACAUCGACAGAAGAAGAGGCUCGCGAUCCUAACAAGCCAUGGUCCCUGGCAGAUUUCGAGAUCGGGAAACCGCUAGGCAAAGGCAAAUUUGGCAGAGUCUAUCUCGCCCGAGAAGCCAAGAGUCAUUUCGUGGUGGCGCUGAAAGUGAUAUUCAAGGAGCAGAUCGAGAAGUAUAAACUUCAUCAUCAGCUUAGGAGAGAGAUAGAGAUCCAAACGAGUCUAGAUCACCCGAAUAUCCUUCGUCUCUACGGUUGGUUCGAUGACGACAAACGAAUUUUCUUAAUCCUCGAGUAUGCUCAUGGUGGUGAGCUCUACGGCCUCCUCAAAAAGAAUGGUUAUCUUACCGAGAAACAAGCCGCCACAUACAUAUCAAGUCUCAGUCAAGCACUGGCCUAUUGUCAUGGGAAAUGUGUGAUUCACAGAGACAUCAAACCUGAAAACUUGUUGCUCGAUCAUGAGGGAAGGUUGAAAAUUGCCGACUUUGGGUGGUCAGUGCAAUCAAGUAACAAGAGGAAAACAAUGUGUGGAACUUUAGAUUACUUAGCACCUGAGAUGGUAGAAAACAAAGAUCACGACUAUGCAGUUGAUAACUGGACUCUAGGGAUAUUGUGUUACGAGUUUCUCUAUGGUAACCCUCCAUUUGAAGCUGAUAAUCAACAUGAUACAUUCAAGAGAAUUCUUAAGAUUGAUCUGAGUUUUCCUUCUGAGCCAAAUGUUUCAGAAGAAGCCAAAAGUCUUAUCACUCAGCUUCUUGUUAAAGAUCCGUCGAAACGACUCUCUAUUCAGAAGAUCUUGCAACAUCCUUGGAUUGUCAAGAACGCAGAUCCUAAAGGUGUGUGCCUCACUGACAAGUAG